CGGUGCAGCUGAGUAAAAUAAAGCGUAGGGAACAGAGAAGGGUUAGCCAGGCUGCCACCCAAUGGGGGUGUCUUCGAAGAACAUGAUCAGUUGUUCCAUUGGCUUAAUAAUGGUUUUGGUAAAGCCUAAUCAGACGGCGCAUAGUGUUUUGAAAAUGGUGGAGCCUUUGCUUUUAAAAGUCUCUUUUGGUUUCUGUCUGGACUGAUGCGACGGGCAAAUAGGGAAGGAAAUUGGGUGGCAAGUGAAGCAGGAGCCAUGUGCCAAGGGCACGAGGUUGUCGGUGAAAGAUGGAGAUGCCCUCCCUUUUUAUCUUAGUAGUUGGGGCCUGAAAUUGGGCCUAAUGGUGUUCCAUUCAAAUAAUUGGGCCUAAACAAGAUCCACAUAGGCCCAAUCCUGUCCUUCACAAGUUACACGGAGUUAUGUUUCUUUAGGUAUAUUAUCUCUGAAUCAAUUAAGACUUUUGUAUGUAUCCCUAUUGUUACCUUACAAUUCCACCAAAUAAACUCCCUAGGAAAGUUUUAAUUUGAAUUCCACAUUACUUUCUUGAAAAUUCUUAUUUGGUCAUGUAGAAUACUCCCGACAAACUAUUUCAAGUAUUGAAUUUAAGUACUUCAUAUUUUUUCGAUUCAUGAUUGACAACGAGAGAGCCUUAUUCUUCAAUUGAUAUCACAACCCUUCUAUGAUAGCCACUAUAACGCCCAAUCACGUUGAUAAAAGAUAAAAGGGAUUCCAACCCAUAAAAUCAAAAUAUCUAUCUUUCUUAAAACCAUAACACAAUAUUCUUUGUACAUUCUCUAUCUUGGACGAGUCUUAUCCUGCAUAGAGUCAUUUUACAAUUUGAACAACCAUAGACAUAACACACUCCAUUAACAAUCCUUAGUUAGCAGUAGAAUGGGGUUUGGUGAAAGCAAAGAAUAAAAUUGGCAGAGCCGAAAGGGGUUGAAUAAAAGUUGAUGCUCUCAUUUUGAUACUGAUCUUUAUAACCUUCUCCUUUUAAAUAUUCCCGUCUUUGCGUACACAUUCAGCGGUCUUGAUUCCUCUGUAUAUUUCAAUUUUCAUCAAUCAUUCAUCACCCACCCAAAUGACUCCUCUACCCAUCUUCCCCCUCGUUGGAGAAGCAGAGAUCCCGAGGGCAUGCCGGUAAUUGAUCACUCCACCAUGCAUCAUAAACUUACAACUGCCGUGUUCUUUAAAAGCUUGGCUCCAUUAAAAUGUAGUGCCUGGAACUGAGAAAAAAUUAAAGGGUGAGAAAUGGAAGAAGAGAGUGAGAUGGUGGGGAGGGCAUUUGUGGAACAUUAUUACCAAUUGUUCGACAACGAAAGAGCCUCUGUUUCGUCUCUGUACCAACCAGAGUCGAUGCUCACUUUCGAGGGGCAGAAAAUCUUAGGCGUUGACGACAUCUCCUCCAGGCUCCAGCAAUUGCCCUUUGAACGCUGCCGACAUGUCGUCAGCACUCUCGACACCCAGCCCUCCGCCGCCACCGGCUCCCUCCUCAUCUUCGUCAGCGGCAGCCUUGAGUUGCCCGGUGAAGAACACCAACUCAGAUUCAGCCAGAUGUUUCACUUGGUGCCGACGUCGCAGGGGAGUCUUUUCGUUCAGAACGACAUUUUUCGCCUCAAUUACGGUUAGGGAACACAUUUCAGCACAAAAACGAUGUCGUUUACCUGGAUGUAACAGUGAUUUGUAUUCUAGACUUCUGAUUCCGUUAUUCCGACGAAUUUGCUUUCAUCAGCUUCUACGUCCACUAUUAUAUAUGUUUCUGCUUUUUAA